AUGGAUCCCUGCAAUCACAAGUUAGUCAGCUACUUAGACAACCACCUGAAGGUCCUGGGUACUGUUAACCUGCCAGUACAAUCCAGAACAAAAACAAGACAUGAAACAACAUUCCAAAUCAUUGAGACCAGCCAACCGGGUUUAUUAGGACUAACAGCCUCGCAAGACUUAGGACUGAUCAAAGUCAUCUUGACCACUCAAAGGAAUGAGGAGAAUCCAGAGACAACACAAGGAAUUCAAAAAUCCCCACAAGACCUGAAAGAGGAAGUGAUCAUGAAAUCUAUUUCACCCGUGCCACGCGGUCCAUAUACUCUCAUCCAUGAAAUAAGUGUCUUCACUGGUCUAGGACGCCUAGACAAGCCAUAUCGUAUAGAACUAUACGCGAAAGUAAAACCUGUUGUAAAUCCGGUCAGAAGUAUCCCAGCAGCCCUUCGCGACAGAGUCAAGAAGGAGUUGGAGGACAUGGAAAAAUUCGGUGUGAUUCGGAGGGUAGAUGAACCAAUAGAUUGGGUCAAUUCAAUGGYCAUUGUUGAAAAACCGAAUGGCAGCCUAAGGAUAUGUUUAGAUCCCAAGCAUCUCAAUGAAGCAACUAAGGGAGAAUACUUCCAACUGCCCACAAUCGAAGAUAUCACUGCCAGAAUGGCAAAUACUCAGUUGUUUACUAAAUUAGAUGCCAACAAAGUACAAGAAGUGUUCCAGAAAAGAAUGAGCCAGCACUUUGGUGAUGUGAGUGGGGUGGGAACAGACAUUGACGACAUCAAAAUACAUGCAGAGAAUGAAGACCAACAUGACACGCGUCUUCGUGCUAUACUGGACAGAUGCAAGAGCAUCCACUUAACACUAAACAAGGAAAAAUGUUCAUUCAAAACUGAGGAAGUUACCUACAUUGGGAACAAGUUAACCAAGGAAGGAAUAAGGCCAGAUGACGAGAAAAUCCGUGUUGAGAGGCUACUGGGACUAUAA